UAUCAUGGAGCGGCUCUUGAUGUUUGCCCAAUCCUCGUAUAUUCCCUACCUCGCCGGAGCUCUUACAGACAGUGCGGCGGAGCGGAUACAAUUCUUCAAGGAAUUUGCAUGUGAAUUUUCUCUUGGGUGAUGAACUCUGCAAUAAAUAACCUUCGUGGGGCAUUCUUUUCUCAUAGCAUCCUUACUUGCACCUAUGAAAAAAAAUCCUUUAUCAUACGGAAUAGAUUUUCUCAUCAAUUUAAGAGGUUUCAUUCUUCUAUGGGAAAACAUCUUGCUCAUUCCAGCACAAACGUUAAUGGAGAAGAUCUUCCACAGUUGUUCAGUGUUGCGCCCAUGAUGGACUGGACAGACAAUCAUUAUAGGACACUUGCUCGUUUGAUAUCAACACAUGCAUGGCUCUACACAGAAAUGGUUGUUGCAGAAACGAUUGUUCAUCAAAAGGAUAACUUGGAUAGGUUCUUGGCAUUUUCUCCCAUACAACACCCAAUCGUUCUACAAAUUGGUGGGAGCAAUUUGAAGAACUUAGCAAAGGCAACUGAGCUUGCAAAUGCUUACUCAUAUGAUGAAAUUAAUCUCAAUUGUGGAUGCCCUAGUGGAAAAGUUGCGGGCCAUGGUUGCUUUGGUGCACGACUGAUGUAUGAUCCUAAGUUUGUGGGAGAUGCUAUGUCAGCCAUUGCUUCCAAUUGUGAUGUUCCUGUCAGUGUCAAAUGCAGAAUUGGAGUUGAUGAUCGUGAUUCAUACAAUGAGCUUUGUGAUUUCAUACAUACUGUUGUCUCUCGAUCUCCCACUGCACACUUUAUAAUACACGCAAGGAAAGCGUUGCUAAGUGGUCUUAGUCCUGCUGAGAAUCGAAAUGUCCCCCCUCUGAAAUAUGAGUACUAUUUUUCCUUGUUGCGUGACUUCCCUGAAAUUCGGUUCACUAUAAAUGGUGGCAUUACCUGCAUCAGCCAGGUUAAAGCAUCUUUAAGAGAAGGAGCUCACAGUGUGAUGGUUGGUCGUGCUGCAUACAAUAAGUUUUCAAGUCCAUGGAAUACCUUGGGACAAGUUGAUAGUGAAAUAUAUGGUGCUUCAAGAAUACAUUUUUCCCGUCGUCAGGUUCUUGAAAAAUAUCAAAUAUAUGGGGAUUCUGAACUUGGAAAAUAUGGACCAAACAAGCCAAAUAUUAGACAAAUAGUAAAGCCAUUACUACACCUAUUCCACUCUGAACCUGGAAAUGGCCUUUGGAAACGUAAAGCUGAUACUGCUAUGCGGCAUUGCACUACAAUUGAGUCGUUUCUUGAAGAAACAUUAGAUGCAAUUCCUGAUAGUGUGUUGGAUUCAACCCUCCCCAUAAUCCCACCGGAGGAGGAAGGUGUAUUUUUUGACAAAACAUUGUUGCCUCCACCUUACAAAUCAUGUCAAGUGCCAGGGUUGUGCGUCAGAGUUUGAUCCAAGACAAUCUUCAUCCUCAUAGUUUAGAGAAGCAGAAGCAUCUCCUACCGACCUUGGGUUGUUUAAGAAUGGAGUUUCUUGCUUGUCGGCUUUAGAUUGCUGGCUGGAGGAGAAAAUUGCUUUGGUUUCAGCUCGGAUAUCCAAAGAUAUAUACACAACACGCACAUCAUGUUGUUCCAUGUGCAGAAGCGCAUCAUCACCUAAAAAAUAAAUAUAUGUAUAUUGUGAAAAAUAUAUGAUGAUCCAUUUUAAUCAGUAAUGGUGAUCAUCAUCGAGGAGUGAGUGUUUUGUUCUGAACGCCUAGUUGAAGACAAUUUGUCAUUGAUGGUCGUUAACUUGCAUACUCACACACACUUAGCUACUCUUCACCUAAAUUAUUUGUACAUUGUGAAAAAUAUACGAUGAACCCUUGUAAUCUUAUAAUGGUGAUCAUUUAACAAUUUAUUUGACUGAUGUUGAAUAUUGGUUGGGGGAGAGAGCUUCCGGCCAUUCUCUUGCUUGCUGACAUUUUUUUUUUCAGAAAGUCCAUCUCAACCUUAUCAGAGUGGUAUGCAAGGAAGGGGCCUCGAGCAAGGUAAGUAAUUUUGAAGGAAUUAAGGGAAUUCAAGGGUCUUAUUAUCUCUGAUUUGAGGCACUCAUCAAGCAGUACCUAGAAUCCUGAGAAGAGAAGUAUUAGGAUCAGAGCCAAUGACUUAAAGAAAUCAUUGGCAAAGAAACCUUGGAGCUGAUGAACUCC